GUGAGCAGGCGAGGCGAGGGGAGCCCGGGCGGAGUGCCUCCCGUCUUGCGAGCUGAGCUGCCGGGUCGGGCCGGGCGAUGGCGGUGCGGCUGGUGCUGGCUGGGGCGCUGGCAGUGGCAGCGGCGGGGCUGGCGGUGCCCCAGGAGAGCCGGCCGGCCCUGGAGAGCCUGCUGCCCGCGGCCGGAGCGCGCUUUGGCUGGACGAACCUCAGCUGCCCCGCCUGCAGGCUGCUCUUCACUGCCCUGGACGCCAGCAUGCAGGGUGGAGUCUGGUACUUUGCAGCAGCAGGCCCCUGAAGGGGCCAGGAAGCAGCUUUGACAAGGUGGGAGAGCAUCUGGUACUUUAGGGCCAGGCAUCUGGGAACAAUGUGCCUGGGAGUCCAUCCUCAACAACCCCUCCCAAAGCCUCCUUGGAGAAGGACCCUCCCCAGAUCAAAUCCCCUUCUGCCCUGGGCCAGAUCCUGGAUCCCUCCUCCCCCCACAUCUGCCCCAGUGUUCAGUCAACGACCAAGAGUGAUGUCCUCCUCCUCCUCCUCCUCCUCCUCCUCCUCCUCCCCAUUUGCCUUUCUCAGGAGUUGCUCCAAAGACAGCUGGCUCCUCCUGGGAGAUGGAAGGGACCAUUUGUUCAAGUGGAACCCAAGAACAGGAGCAGCUGGUGGGCUCCCUGCAGCUGUUCUCCAUCGAAGAACAGAAGGGACAGGGAGGCCUCUGUCCUCGGUCCCAGCUGCCCUCUCUCCCACACACCCAGGGUCUGCCCUUGGCUCCCCAGUCUCCCGGGCAGUCCUCAGGGGGAAGGAGCUGCUCUCCUCCCAAUGGGCUCUUUAGCUGCCAAGUUCCUCCUGCCCACCGUCAGCAGCCUGGCUUUCCUCCCCACCAUCAGCAUCGCAGCCAAGAGGCAGUUUCACAUGGAGGCCAUGGUCUACUUCUUCACCAUGUUCUUUCUCUUGGUCUGCCACACCUGCGAGGGCCCCGGGCUCAUCUUCCUUUGUUUCAUGAAGUACGAUCUGCUGCAAUACUUCAGCAUCUUUGGAACCGCCUUAUCCAUGUGGGUCUCGCUGAUAGCUCUGGCAGAGUUUGAUGAGCCCAAACGAUCAACCUUGGUGAUGUUUGGAGUGCUUACCAUAGCUGUCAGGAUCUACCAUGACCGAUGGGGAUACGGUGUCUACUCUGGACCAAUCGGCACAGCAGUUCUCGCCAUAACUGUCAAAUGGCUGCAAAAGAUGAAGGAGAAGAAAGGGCUGUAUCCAGAUAAGAGCGUCUACACUCAGCAGGUGGGGCCUGGCUUCUGCUUUGGGGCCCUGGCUUUGAUGCUGAGAUUUUUCUUUGAGGACUGGGAUUACACCUACGUGCAUAGCUUCUACCACUGUGCUCUGGCCAUGUCUUUUGUCCUCCUCCUGCCCAAAGUGAACAAGAAAGCAGGCAACGGGGGAGCCCCUGCGAAACUGGACUGCUCCACUCUCUGCUGCUAUGUAUGAGGACUCGGCCCCUGGCGUGAAGGAUCAAAGGACUUUUUCCAGGCCUGUAGAUGCAGCUAAAAGCCAUGGGCUUUCUGAGUUUUUCUUUUGAAGACAUUUUGCUUCUCAUCCAAGAAGCUUCUUCAGCACUGACAGGAUCA